GCCCUCGGACGGUCCGGGAAUCAGCAUGUUUUUACAUGAGUAGAAUGUGUCCUUUUAUUUAAAAUGCAUCUCUGGGUUAUUUGUGGGGCAUAGGAAUUCGUUCAUUUUUUCCCCAAAAUAUAGUCCGGCCCCCCACAAGGUCUGAGGGACAGUGGACCGGCCCCCUGCUGAAAAAGUUUGCUGACCCCUGCCGUAGAUGCUGUCCUAAGAAGUCAAAGCAACAGGUACUAAGAGCCAUAAUCGUUGCAGAAUCCAGCAAGGCAGGGCCAGACAGAGCUGAGGAGAGCAAUCAAACGGGCAUUAAUUUGACAAGCAACUGACUUUCAGCCCAGCAACUUCCAAAGCCACGGCUGGAGAACCUCCAGCCUCUGGGCCAUAUUGAGCCUGCCAAGACUCUCCAUUUGGCCUCCCAAAUGGAACCUCACGUGUGCCAUUCACAAUAGCUGACCUUUGGUGACGAACGAAUACAGCCCUCAUAAUUGAUCUGGUCUUCAGUUUUCUAGAUGUGGGAAAAGCAACAGCUGUUGAAGUGUUGUUUGUGAAGACGUCAUGAAAAUCGCUGCAGACAGAACAUCCCAGGGCAAGCAAGAACUCAAGUGAACAUUCCAGGGCAAGCAAGAAAUCAAGGCAAAGCAUUUGGUCUAAAGGAGAAGAUAUUUUCAGUAUUGUUCCAUGGGAGCAAUCCUGCUGCAUCAACACUUUAUUAUGGGGCUCAUUUAACUUUGGGACAGGCUGAUUUGAGGGAUCAGGAAGCAACUCUAAGGUGAUUCGAGUCACACCUCUGCAUCACAAACCUUUGACACCUGAAGGCUCUUCCACACAGGCCAUGGGGAAAUUGAAGAAGAACGAGGAGGCUGUCUUUCUGAGGAAGAAGAUCACCCUCUUGAGGGCUUUCUCACUGCUCAUAGGGAGCAUGAUAGGCAGCGGAAUAUUCAUCUCUCCCCAAGGGGUGCUGAAGAACUCCGGCAAUGUGGGCCUCUCCUUAGUCGUCUGGUUUGCCUGUGGCAUCCUCUCUAUGUUUGGUGCUCUGUGUUAUGCUGAACUUGGCACCCGGAUCACAAAGUCUGGAGCCCAUUACAUCUAUAUCUUGGAGACCCUGGGCCCUCUGCCAGGGUUCUUGUUCCUAUGGGCAGAAUACUUUGCUAUAAGGCCAGCCAACAGUGCAGUUGUUUCCCUGGCAUUUGGACGCUACAUCCUGGACCCUUUUUUUGCACCCUGUGGUGCUCCACUUCUGGCAGUGAAACUUGUUGCUCUUCUUGGUUACUACAUUGUCCUAAUCCUGAACUCUUGGAGCGUCAGCUGGAGUGCCAGGCUUCUGACCUUCUUGUCCAUCGUCAAGUUGGUAGCUCUCAGUCUCAUCAUCAUCCCAGGAAUGAUACUUUUAGCUCAAGGCCAUACAGAAAAUUUCCAGGAUGCUUUCAACGCUGAGACCCUCGCUUUGGACAAGCUCCCUUUGGCUUUUUAUGCAGGGAUGUUUGCCUACUCAGGAUGGUUUCAAACUAGUUUUGUGCGGGAAGAACUAGUGAAGCCAGAGCGAAAUAUUCCUCUGGCAGUGAUUGUGUCUGUGAUCACUGUGAUUGUGGGUUAUAUGCUUACUAAUGUUUCCUAUUACACGGUACUGACAGCAGCAGAUGUUCUGGCCUCCCAGGCAGUAGCUGUGAGCUUUGCACACAAAGCUUGCCGGAGUGUUAUCUCAAUGGUGCCUAUCCUGGUUUCCUUGUCUUGCUUUGGGACCAUGAAUGGAGGAAUCUUUACAUUUUCAAGGACCUUGUUUGUGGCUUCAAGAGAAGGGCAAUGGCCUCCCCUCUUCUCCAUGAUCCAUAUUCAAAGACAUACACCCCUACCAGCAGUCAUGUUGAUGUUCCCUUUGGUCACAGCCAUGAUCUGUGUGGGAGAUAUCUACCACCUGCUGAACUUCUUCAGCUUCUCCCGGUGGCUCUUCAUAGGAUUAGCCACCCUUGGGCUGAUAGUUCACCGCUGCCGACAUCCUGAGAUCACAAGCCCAUUCAAGGUUCCGCUCUUCGUUCCUGUUUCUUUUACAAUCAUUUGCCUUUUCACUGUGGCGAUGUCUUUCUACUCGGACCCAGUAAAUAUCAGCAUUGGCUGUGCCAUGGUUUUAAGCGGGUUUCCCGUUUACUAUUUGCUCAUCCACAGGCCAAUGCCAAAGUGUUGCGGCACCACAUUCUAUUCUCUUACACUGAAGCUUCAGAUCCUCUUGAAGGUGGUGCAACAAGAAAUCAGGACUUACUGAGAAGCAUAACGAGAGCUGGAGGGGUGAACCAGAAGCCUGUACUUCAAAGCUCUGAUUUCUCGGUGACUUCUCCUAGCUUACAUUUAUUGCCACCCUCACAACAUGGAGCAUGCCUGCAUUGGAGCAUCUUCUGCUUCCAGUUUGGUGUUUUCAUACCAGAUGGAGAGUUCCUGAAAAAUCAAAGGCACAGGAAACCCUGUGUAGAGGAGUCACACCUUUGACUGUGCAAGCAACAGCCCACGUGCAUCCUGAUAUUGUCCUCAUCUGCCAUUCAGAUGGGCACGAGAGCAUCCGGUCCUUGAAUAAAGACUCCUAGGUCCAUCUGUCUGAAUGCAUACACAAUCCCUAAAUGCUGGCUGUGUAGAGGCAAUAGCUAUUUGUAGAUGUUGAAGUGGUACUGCAGAGCUGUUAGUCAUCAAGGUACCCAGGCUCAUUUUUUAAAAAGUUUGAUUUGAGCAGUGUACCUUUACCAAUGAUGGCUUUUGAUGUGCUCCAAGAUGGAAAUAAGCCUCGCUGAAAAAGACGUGUGUGUAAUUAUAACAGGCAUCUUUAGAAUGGUAAAGAAGCCCUCCCCAAAUCUGAAACUUCUGAUUUUCUUUUGGGAUUUUUUAAUAUUAAAAAACACACGUUAUUACUGUUAUUAUUAAUAGUGUGUAAAAGGACGGACACAUAUAAUUCCAAGUGGUCACAUAGCCUGUUGCAAAGUGGGAGGGGGGAAUUUCCUUUUUGUGAAAUGGACUAAACCAGAUGCAGCUUUCAAGCAGCCAAUUUCACACCUCUUUUGAAGUUCAUAGUACUGGUAGAAUUAAGAAUAUGGAUAUGAUUAUAUUCUCACAGGUGAUGCUUACUGCCUUCAGUUAUCCUUGCUAAUGUUUGAUCAAGUCUAGUGCCAUCACACCAGUUAGGGGGCAUUACCCCCAUUGAUCCUGAGAAAUAAUAAUUUGUGCAUGGUGCAUAUCUUUGCAAGAUGGACUGAGAGCACGCUGUAAAUGACACAUGCUUGUGUAUUAACCAAUAACGAUAACAUUAGCUUUGCAACACAGAAUGCAACUUGAGAGGGUCACAAACCAAAACCCUGGAUUCAGCACCUGCAAGCAUGAAAAAUCAAAAUCAGGUCAAAUAUAACACAGUCUGUACUUGGAUCCAUGUAAAAAGGGUGGGGGGGGGAGGCUAAAUAAUGUAUGUUUCAAUUCAUGUGAUACACUUAUUUUAUUGUUACAGGUAGGUAGCCGUGUUGGUCUGACAUAGUUGAAACAAAAUAAAAAAUUCCUUCCAGCAGCACCUUAAAGACCAACUAAGUUUUUAUUUUGGUAUGAGCUUUCGUGUGCAUGCACACGAAAAGCAUUUUAUUGUCUUUAACAUCCUUAUCUCUUCUGCAACUAUCCUGCCAAAAAUUUGCUCCUCUUUGUGCUUGCUAGCAGCCAUGGAAGGAAGGCCUCCAAGGAAAGAAAGCCACCAAUGGGAGCUUUCUUUCUUUCUUUCUUUCUUUCUUUCUUUCUUUCUUUCUUUCUUUCUUUCUUUCUUUCUUUCAUAAGAAGUCUUCAGAACUUUUGAAGCAGAUUUUGAGGGUGCCCCGGGGUGUGUGGGAGGUUGUGGGAGGGAAAGGAAGAUCCAAUCCCAUUGCAGUAGUGGAGGCAUCUUCUGUUUGUGCACUGGAUACAGCCCAGGUCACUUCCAGAUGACCUUUUCAUUGGGCAUUUAAUUCUUAUUUGUUUGCACAAAGUUUGCAGGGAGAUCAGACAGUGUUGGCUAUUUAUUGCGCAUUCAUUCUGAUUUGUGUGUGGGGAGGUUAGACAACACUGAAUCAAGCAAAUGUUAUCCCUAGAGCAUUUCCCCAUCACAUUCCUUAUUGCAAAAAGUCUGAUUUUGGGUGGGUUGGGGAGUGAGUUUGAUGCCCAAGAGCACCAAAUAAGUUCUAACUGUGCAGCCUGAAUUAUCUGGUAGUGA